AAGGACAAAACACACGCGUGUACCGUGUUUCCUAAUUUGUUAAUUCGUGCCGAUAAGGGCGUUUGCUAAUUUGAAUAAAUUCCGCACGUUUGAUCACUUCUACAAUUUCAUACAAACAAAUAUUUGUAAACAAGCAAUUAAUCAUGCGUGUCGGAGCAUAAUCAAUAAUAAUAAUAACAAUAAUAACGUAUUCAUUAACUAGUUAAUGUGACAUGUGUAGUUAUUUUACAUUUAAUUGACGACGCUGUGGGAUUAGCAAAUUUUACAACCAAUAAAAUAUUUAAAACCCAUGCGGAUUACGGUAAAUUCCCAGCUAUACCUGGUGGCGAAAGUGUCGUACCCGAUAUUGGAGGGGAUGUAGUGGCACAACCUAGUAAUGUUUGAACAAAGCGUUUGCACUACCAGUCUUGUCGCACCUUCAACGCCUACAAAAUGCACCACUACGUGUUCCUCAUCUGGCAGUGUUUGCUUAUCGCGGUGACAACGCCAGCAAGUAUCAAAUCAAACGGUAUCAUCUGCAACGAACUGGGUGAAAAUAUCCUCAGUGAAAUUCUUGGACCGGCCUUCAACUCACGGUAUAUGAGUAUUGCUGAACCACCACAAGACGACUUCUUUGAUGACGACCUGUUAGACAACGAGGACAGUACCAUGGGUAAACGUAAAGUUGGUUUGGUGCCGCCAUUUUACGUCGAAGAUGACUACGCACGUGAAAUCGCCGACGAACCUGCUUGGAGUGUCAACCACGUUGCGGCUGUACCACCAGUGCAACAAUCAAGAAAACGAAGAUCUGCCGCUGGAAGACAUGGAAAAGGUGCUUCGAGACAGUGGGAAUGUGAAUCACGUAUUACAUGGAUCGAUCUAGGCCCUGAUUAUUUCCCAAGGUACCUACGAAGUGUCGAGUGUACCUCGAAGACUUGCUGGUACGGCCAUUACAAGUGUAAACCGCGUAGUUUUACUGUUAAAAUCCUGCGACGCAAAACAGGACGUUGUACAGUUGCCAAAGCCGGUAAUAAAAUCGGUGUAGUUGGAUUACCUAGUGAUCUGCGUGAACUCUGGGUAUGGGAGGAACGAGCAGUCAAUUUUUGCUGUGAUUGUGCAGUUUAGAUAUGACAAUUCAAUGUGUUGCAACUUUCUAACUCAUUUCUAUUCGAAAGUGCUAACGGAUCGCCUUACAACUGAUUGUACUUCCAAAGCUAUUAAGACGCUAUUAUUUGUAUGACAAUAUUGUAAAUAUUAUAUAUAGAAACACACAAUGUAAAUACUGUAGGCUGUACACUAAGUAUUAAUUUAUUUAUUAUCAUUUCAACACAACACGCUGU